AUGCGGCCCCAUCCGCCAGAAGAUGAGCAGCCCUGCGAGUUCUCGGCAGCUGUUCCGGACGAGCGUGUGCCUGCAUUAGAUGAUGCUGUGCCGCAUGCUGAAGUCAAUUUUCCCGCUUCCUCGCUCGUGCAGCCCUGCACAGUGACAGAGGAAGCGGAUCCACACAGGAUCUCUGUUAUGGCCAGCGAGGAGUCGUCGGCUGAUGGUCGCAACAGCCAUGAAAGCAGUGAGGGUGAGCAUUCCUCUACGUCUUCCGAGAAGGAUGUCCAGGCCAAUCUCGGUGCCGAGGCGGGCGAAGUAUAUUUGGCCCAACUGAUUGCCAGAAUGGCGGCGUUUUGCCCAGACAUUAUCCAGGCGGUCCAUGCUUACCAGGCCGUGAAGAGAUUCGGCCACAUUUUUCGGGCUCAGAAAGGAGCAUCAGCAUCGCAUCGCCGUGUUAGCUUCGAGACCACGAAGAUAGACCAGUUUUGGAGUCACAGUUGGCACGGCCCGAAGUGGAACAAAGCUAUGACGGCUGUAUAUGUGAACAAUGGCAUGAUGGCAGCACUGGUGGCGGCCCCAGUUUCGUUUCUAGUGAUGUUUCUUCAUGCCUUUCGGAUCCUGCCAACUCUUCAGCUUGUCAGAGGCAUACGAUUUUAUCCAAGCCAUUCGUACUGGGUCAAAGUCCUUUGCUUGGUGUUGUACUUUGUGGCUUUGUUCUUCUGGAUGCCGCGGCAGAAGAUAUUCCUGGAUGUCUUGUGCAUCGAUCAGGGCAGCGCGAGACGCAAGGCACUCGGGCUGGCAAGCAUGGGUGCAUUUCUGAGGGCCUCCGAUUCUCUUGUGAUCUUGUGGGAUCCAUCGUGGAGCCGCCGGCUCUGGUGUGUCUUUGAGCUGGCUGCAUUUUUGCAUAGUCGUCAGGUCGAUGGGAGACAGGUGAAGCUGACCAUCAGGCCAACCUUGUUGGGCCCUUGCUUCAUCUCGUUGCCGAUCGCUUUAUCGUUUGUGAUGCUUGCGAUGAGCUUCAUCCCCGACGAAAACGUGUUUCCAGGGGCCGAUCCAGACCGCCUGCGGUAUUUCAUUCUGUGGCCGUCAAUCGGGCUGUCUAUUUUCAUCGGCUUCUUCUUCAGCAUCAUCAAGUUGCGAGCAUACUUUCGUUAUGUGCAGGCGCUGGAGCAAGAUAUCGGCAAGUUUGUCGUGAACGACGGUAUGUCACACUGCUGCAGUGUGGGUCAUGUAUCUGCUGCUGGAACCCAGAUGGUCUGCGAUCGCCGAGUCAUUUUGCAGUGCAUCACAACUUGGUUCGGCAGUGUCGAGCAGUUCGAAUCACACGUGCGGACCGAUGUUCUGCAAUGUCUUCAAGACCAGCUAUCCAGGGAGGUUUUCACAUACAAGCAGAUCGCGGUCUCAGCUCUUCCCAUGCUCUGGCAUUACAUGGACUCAGCCGCGACUAUGCACUACCAUUACAUUGGAAUUGGCGACAGGCCCCUUUUCGGAGCUAUCCGCGAGUUCGUCAGAGGUCUUGGCUGGACCUUUGGCGUGGUGCCUGUGGUAGUUUUGGCCACGGUCAGACUGUCAUACCUGCUGCAACGCCGACGCACCUUUGUCGUUUGCGACAUAAUGGUCAACCUCUCCAUCAUGGCAAUCACCUUCCUCUUCGUGGUUGCAGCUCUGAUGUCUGAGCAGUGGUUCUGGACCAUGAACUUGGAGGGUUUGGAGCCAGGGCAAUUAAGCCCAUAUGAGCUCCUUCCUGGUUCAGCACUCUUCAGCAUUGUGAUGCUCUCCAUUGCUCUGACACAAAUCACGAUUAGGUACGUAGCUAGAUGCUCGAAGUGCACAUUCCGAAGGAAGGCACCAGUCGGGCACGCUCUCAACGAUUAA